ACUUACUCUUUGGCGAGGGGUGAUUACAAGAAGUCAAGAAUCUGCCCAAAAAAAGAAGAGGUGUUCAGUGGCAGUCCUGGCUGUGUGUAGGAUGAGCCUUUCCCUUUGGCAGUGCCAGCCAGUGAUGCCUUUUCUUCUUCCCACUCUUUCUUCCCCAUGCCGAUAAAGCGGAUAGAGAGAGAGAAAAAAAACUUAUUACAAGAGAGAGAACAGGAACAGAGUGAUUUCUACAAUAAAGCAAGUUUGUUGCUUGGAAACUGCCCGUGAGAGACUACCCUGGGAGAGUUUUAUUCUUCUUUCACGCACUCCACGUCUGUAAUGUCCAUUGAAGGGUGUUUCGUUCUCUCAUUUUAGUGAUUUGAUUUUCUGGUUUCUCUCCAAAGCUGGUUUCUUUUUCUCAAAGGGGUUUCGAAAAUGGCAAUGUUUCAGCCUUCUUGUAAGAGGGAUGGGAUCGAGGGCCAGAUUCUAGAUCUGGACACGGCGGUGAAAGAUGGGGUUUUGGGCGGCGUGGAUUCUGGGGUUGUGGGGACUGGGGUUGGUGAAAAACUGGAUCUUGGGAGGAUGAUUGAAGAGUUAGACUUGUGUGAAGUUCCAUCUGUGUUCAUUUGCCCAAUUUCCCUUGAGCCAAUGCAGGACCCCGUGACUCUUUGCACGGGUCAGACCUACGAGAGGUCCAACAUUCUCAAAUGGUUCAGUCUGGGACACUUCACUUGCCCCACCACAAUGCAAGAGCUCUGGGACGAUUCCAUCACACCAAAUACCACUCUCUACCGUUUGAUAUCCACUUGGUUUUCUCAGAAGUACCUUGUGAUGAAGAAGAGAUCAGAAGAUGUCCAUGGGAGGGUGUCGGAGCUUGUUGAGACUCUCAAGAAGGUGAAGGGGCAAGCUCGUGUUCUUGCCCUCAAGGAGCUCCAUCAAGUGGUGGGUGCUCAUGCCACUGCCCGCAAGGCAUUGGUCGAUGGCGAUGGAGUCUCCGUGGUGUCGGCGUUGCUCGGUCCUUUUACUUCCCAUGCGGUUGGCUCCGAGGUCAUUGGUGUUCUGGUGAGUUUGAACCUUGAUUGUGAGUCCAAGAGGAAUCUACUGCAGCCUGCGAGGGUUUCCCUGAUGGUGGACAUUUUGAAUGAGGGUUCAAUUGAGACGAAGAUCAAUUGCACGCGGCUGAUUGAGACAUUGAUUGAAGGGAAGGAUUUCAAGUUGGAGAUUUUCAGGAGCCAUAGUCUUUUGGUUGGGUUGAUGAGGCUGGUUAAAGACAAGAGGCAUUCAAAUGGAAUCUGCCCUGGGCUGAGGCUCCUGAGAACAGUGUGCUUGCAUUCAGAAGUUAAGAUUUUGCUGGUAAGCAUUGGGGCUGUUUCUCAAUUGGUUGAGUUGUUGUCUGGUUUGGAGCCCGAAUGUUUGGAAUUGGGUCUUUCUAUCUUGGAUGCACUGGCUUCUGUUCCGGAAGGCAGAAUAGCUUUGAAGAAUUGUUCUAAUACAAUACACGUUAUGGUGAAACUGUUGAUGAGGGUCUCAGAAAACUGUACUCAAUAUGCGUUGUCAAUACUGUGGUCUGUGUGCAAGCUGGCACCUGAUGAGUGCUCUUUGAUCGCUGUGGAAGCAGGACUUGCUGCAAAACUUCUCCUUGUGAUCCAAAGCGGUUGCAAUCCAAUAUUGAAACAACAGUCGGCUGAGCUUUUGAAGUUGUGUAGUUUGAAUUAUUCAGAUACAAUCUUCAUUUCCAAGUGCAAACUUACCAGAACCAUUCAAUGACCAUGGGCAUUAACCUGGUUGUAUCAACAGUUUGUAAAUUUGUAGGGCAAGAGAAGCAGAGAGCAGCUACUUCCCAGACUACUACAGAACUAAAGAACCCCAGAAGUUGGAAUGGGGUUAGUGGUGCGAAAUGAAAAUCUCCUGUAUAUAUACCUUUUGUGUUUUGAUUCCAACAAUUGAUAUUUGAAAUGAAGGACAUUGACAAAACUUGCUUAAGUGGGUUCACUUUUGUGUGUUCCUUCUUGUCCAAUGUUUUCUGAAUAAGCCCCAUCUAGAAGAUGCUGAAAUUGUUUAUAUAGCUUUUUGGGGGGUAUAGGGAUGAAAGAAAAUCAUGGUGUUGUUGGAUAAAGAUUCUAUUAGGAGAGGGAUGACAUUGAGAGCUAAUGUGGGGCUUGUAAUUUCAAUUGUGAUGAUCCAUGGCUUGUAUCUUUUUCCCCUUGGGGUUUAGGCCUCCAAUUUUCCCUUUAGAAGAAGAAGAAGAAUACUGGGGUUUUUGGUUUUGACAUUUAAUCUGUACAAUGGAAAUAACCAUUCUUAUUAUGCACUGCACCUGCAAUUUGUUGAAUUGAUAUUAUUAAUUCUUUUAUGACAA